AUGGCAGGUGCCGAGGGCUUCCAGUACCGUGCGCUGUACCCAUUCCGCCGGGAGCGGCCUGAGGACCUAGAGCUGCUGCCAGGAGAUGUGCUGGUGGUGAGCCGGGCAGCCCUGCAGGCACUGGGCGUGGCCGAGGGUGGGGAGCGCUGCCCACAGACCGUGGGCUGGAUGCCUGGUGUCAACGAGCGCACGAGGCAGCGUGGCGACUUCCCCGGCACCUACGUUGAGUUCCUGGGGCCUGUGACCCUGGCCCGGCCUGGCCCUCGCCCACGUGGCCCCCGCCCACUGCCUGCCCGGCCCCGUGAUGGGCCCCCUGAGCCAGGCCUUACACUCCCUGACUUGCCUGAGCAGUUCUCCCCUCCCGAUGUGGCGCCCCCCCUUCUGGUGAAGCUCGUGGAGGCCAUUGAGCGGACAGGGCUGGAUAGCGACUCGCUUUACAGGCCUGAGCUGCCUGCCCCGCGCACAGACUGGUCCCUAAACGACGUGGAGCAGUGGGACGCGACGGCCCUGUCGGACGGAGUCAAGGGCUUCUUGCUAGCGCUGCCUGCGCCCCUGGUGACGCCGGAGGCCGCGACUGAGGCGCUCCGGGCCCUGCGGGAGGGCGCAGGGCCAGUGGGGCUGGCGCUGGAGCCACCAACGCUGCCGCUGCACCGCGCACUCACGCUGCGUUUCCUGCUCCAACACUUGGGCCGCGUGGCCCGACGUGCCCCAGCCCCUGGCCCCGCCGUCCGCGCCCUGGCAGCCGCCUUCGGGCCGCUGCUGCUGCUGCAAGCGCCGCCGCCCUCGCCGCCGCCAGGGGGUGCGCCGGACGGGACGGAACCCAGUCCUGGCCCUGACUUUCCUGCUAAGCUGGUGGAAAAGUUGCUUCAGGAACAUCUGGAGGAGCAAGAGGUCGUGCCCCCAGCACUGCCGCCUAAACCUCCCAAGGCAAAGCCAGCUCCUGGGGCCCUGGCCAAUGGGGGGAGUCCACCCUCCCUGCAGGAUGCUGAGUGGUACUGGGGGGACAUCUCCAGGGAGGAGGUGAAUGAGAAACUCCGAGACACGCCCGAUGGGACCUUCCUAGUCCGAGAUGCAUCCAGCAAGAUCCAGGGGGAGUACACGCUGACCCUCAGAAAAGGCGGCAACAACAAGCUGAUAAAGGUGUUCCACCGUGACGGCCACUACGGCUUCUCCGAGCCACUCACCUUUUGCUCCGUGGUAGACCUCAUCACCCACUACCGCCACGAGUCACUGGCCCAGUACAAUGCCAAGCUGGACACGCGGCUGCUCUACCCUGUGUCCAAAUACCAGCAGGACCAGAUUGUCAAGGAGGACAGUGUGGAGGCAGUGGGCGCACAGCUCAAGGUGUACCACCAGCAGUACCAGGACAAGAGCCGGGAGUAUGACCAGCUCUACGAGGAGUACACACGCACCUCCCAGGAGCUACAGAUGAAGCGCACUGCGAUUGAGGCCUUCAAUGAGACCAUCAAAAUCUUUGAGGAGCAGGGCCAGACCCAAGAGAAAUGCAGCAAGGAAUAUCUGGAGCGGUUCCGGCGUGAGGGCAACGAGAAGGAGAUGCAGAGGAUCCUGCUGAAUUCAGAACGGCUCAAGUCCCGCAUCGCCGAGAUCCAUGAGAGCCGUACGAAGCUGGAGCAGGAGCUGCGGGCCCAGGCCUCAGACAACCGGGAGAUCGACAAGCGCAUGAACAGCCUCAAGCCCGACCUCAUGCAGCUGCGCAAGAUCCGAGACCAGUAUCUUGUGUGGCUCACCCAAAAAGGUGCCCGGCAAAAGAAAAUCAAUGAGUGGCUGGGGAUUAAAAACGAGACAGAGGACCAGUAUUCCCUGAUGGAGGAUGAAGAUGACCUUCCCCACCAUGAGGAACGGACGUGGUAUGUGGGCAAGAUCAACCGCACGCAGGCCGAGGAGAUGCUGAGUGGCAAAAGGGAUGGUACCUUCCUCAUCCGUGAGAGCAGCCAGCGGGGCUGCUAUGCCUGCUCCGUAGUGGUGGACGGUGACACCAAGCACUGUGUCAUCUACCGCACGGCCACCGGCUUUGGCUUUGCGGAGCCCUACAACCUGUAUGGGUCGCUCAAGGAGCUGGUGCUGCACUACCAGCACGCCUCACUGGUGCAGCACAACGACGCGCUCGCGGUCACGCUGGCCCACCCUGUGCGCGCCCCGGGUCCCGGGCCCCCGCCUGCUGCCCGCUGA